AUAUGCGGCUGUGUGGUCGGGUCGGGAACGGACUGACGUGGAACGUUCGACCGGAGGAGGGAAAGAGAAAACAUAUAUAAAAUCAUCGUAUAGAAUCUGUUACAUUAACACAAAAUCUGGACAGAUGCUGACUUAAACGGGGGGAUCAAAUCACCAACAAUGGCCAAUACAGGUGAAUAUUGGACCGCAGUUCAUAAUCUGUUUAACCUUUGACAAUUGACACGAGUGCUACAGUAUUCUGGUAGACAGGAUAGAGAAUAUAGUGAGUUAUUCAGUUCAGCCACUGAGCCAUCCUGUCCCAUCAGGUUUCUGUUUGAACUGUUUUGACUGAAGAAUGGGGUUAGAGUGAGGUAAAAGUCACCGCUAGGCCGUUAGACAAUAGAAGGAUCUUUAUGGUUGUAUAAACCACUCUGAGCCUGGUGACCAGUGGUUGAAUUGGAACGUUUCCCGCUGCAAAAAAAAUUACAGAAAUAUUCCACACUUUAUUUUCCUGACAUUGUGUUAAACUGAAGGGAAUAGACAUUACACUUUGAAUGUUUGAUGAUUAGAAUUCCCACAGUCGACACAUGUUUUAUGACCAACAUCUAAUAUGUCAUACUGACAGACGGGGGGGCAGGACCAGACCAAUGCAUCAGUUAUAGUCGGUCUAUCCAUCACCUGCCAGGCCAGUAGGUAGGGAGGAACAGUGUGAAAAUGUGCCCGGUGAAACAUAAUGUAGGCCUGGCUGUUAAUUAGAACCUUGGUUGGUGGGAGUGUGGAUGUUGUGAAACAACGUUGUGGUUGUGUGAAGGGGGUGGACACCCCUUAUGGUAAUACAGAGGUGAUGAAGCUACCCAAGGCUAAAUGCCUAUAAACAUCUAAACUUACAUAAGCGCCCUGUUAAAGACCGUAUAGUGGUGAAAUGCGUUGGUUAAUUUUCAAUUAAACUUCUGAAAUUUUAAUUUUAAUUUUUAUGAUAGACAUGUUCUACUCAGUUUUCACUGUCCAACAAGACUCAUUGUACCUGUAAAACGAAAUAUGAUAAAGUAAAGUACAUAUCCUAAAUACAACAUUAAUCUGUCACUAGGCUCGAUUUAUAAAGGAUCAGUUUCACAGUGUUGUGAGAAGUGUUGAGACUGUCAUUAUUCCACACUGCCUGGAUGUGGUCUGAUUUUAGAUGGCAUGUCUGUCUGUGAUACCACACUGUUAACCCAACCUCAUACAUGAACUGGGUUCAAAUACUAUUUGACAUCUUUCAAAUAAUUUAAGCGUUUGAAUGGAAUGGCCUGUCGGCUGAGUUUGCACUUUUGGGGCUUUUCUAUUAGUCCAUUGCGAAAGGCAAGCUCAAUCAAGCACAUCUUAAAUAUUUGAAAUUAUUUCAAAUAGUAUUUGAACCCAGGUCAGCUUCUCAUACAGUUGAAGUCGGAAGUUUACAUACACCUUAGCCAAAUACAUUUAAACUCUAUUUUUCACAAUUCCUGACAUUUAAUCCUAGUACAAAUUCACUGUCUUAGGUCAGUUAGGAUCCCCACUUUAUUUUAAGAAUGUGAAAUUUCAGAAUAAUAGUAGAGAGAAUGAUUUAUUUCAGCUUUUAUUUCUUUCAUCACAUUCCCAGUGGGUCAGAAGUUUACAUACACUCAAUUAGUAUUUGGUAGCAUUGCCUUUAAAUUGUUUAACUUGGGUCAAACGUUUCGGGUAGCCUUCCACAAGCUUCCCACAAUAAGUUGGGUGAAUUUUGGCCCAUUCCUCCUGACAGAGCUGGUGUAACUGAGUCAGGUUUGUAGGCCUCCUUGCUCGCACACACUUUUUCAGUUCUGCCCACAAAUGUUCUAUAGGAUUGAGGUCAGGGCUUUGUGAUGGCCACUCCAAUACCUUGACUUUGUUGUCCUUAAGCCAUUUUGCCAAAACUUUGGAAGUAUGCUUGGGGUCAUUGUCCAUUUGGAAGACCCAUUUGCGACCAAGCUUUAUCUUCCUGACUGAUGUCUUGAGAUGUUGCUUCAAUGUAGCCAUAUCAUUUUCCUUCCUCAUGAUGCCAUCUAUUUUGUGAAGUGCACAAGACCCUCCUGCAGCAAAGCACCCCAACAGCACCCCCGUGCUUCACGGUUGGGAUGGUGUUCUUCGGCUUGCAAGCUUCCUCCUUUUUCCUCCAAACGUAAUGAUGGUCAUUAUGGCCAAACAGUUCCAUUUUUGUUUCAUCAUACCAGAGGACAUUUCUCCAAAAAGUAAAAUCUUUGUCCCCAUGUGCAGUUGCAAACCGUAGUCUGGCUUUUUUUGGCGGUUUUGAAGCAGUGGCUUCUUCCUUGCUGAGUGGCCUUUCAGGUUUUGUCGAUAAUGGACUCGUUUUGCUGUGGAUAUAGAAACGUUUGUACCUGUUUCCUCCAGGAUCUUCACAAGGUCCUUUGCUGUUGUUCUGGGAUUAAUUUGCACUUUUCGCACCAAAGUACGUUCAUCUCUAGGAGACAGAAUGCGUCUCCUUCCUGAGCGGUAUGACGGCUGCGUGGUCCCAUGGUGUUUAUACUUGCUUACUAUUGUUUGUACAAAUGAAAGUGGUACCUUCAGGCGUUUGGAAAUUGCUCCCAAGGAUGAACCAGACUUGUGAAGGUCUACAAAAAAUUAUUCGGAGGUCUUGGCUGAUUUCUUUUGAUUUUCCCAUGAUGUCAAGCAAAGAGGCACUGAGUUUGAAGGUAGGCCUUGAAAUACAUCUACAGGUACACCUCCAAUUGACUCAAAUUAUGUCAAUUAGCCUAUCAGAAGCUUCUAAAGCCAUUACAUCAUUUUCUGGAAUUUUCCAAGCUGUUUAAAGGCACAGUAAACUUAGUGUAUGUAAACUUCUGACCCACUGGAGUUGUGAUACAGUGAAUUAUAAGUGAAAUAAUUUGUCUGUAAACAAUUGUUGGAAAAAUUACUUGUGUCAUGCACAAAGUAGAUGUCCUAACCGACUUGCCAAAACUAUAGUUUGUUAACAAGAAAUGUGUGGAGUGGUUGAAAAACAAGUUUUACUGACUCCAACCAAAGUGUAUGUAAACUUCUGACUUCAACUGUACAUGUGAAACUCCUUGAUGCAAAAGCAUGUACUCUGUUUGGAUAGAACCAGAGAGAGUACCAAACCCUAGAGAUGUGUAUGUUUAGCAGGUAAUCAUUAAUGCCAGUGACAUCUCCACUGUGGGUUUAACCCUGCUACUGUGUGGAGAAGAUCAAUAGUAAAUGGACCCUGAACAUGGACUUGAUGAUACUGUCUCUCCCUUCUCUCUGUUCUUCCUUAUGAUGUUUAUAUUCUCUCCCGUAUCUAUGUUCUCUCUCUCUCUCUCUCUCUCUCUCUCUCUCUGUCUCUCUCUCUCUCUCUCUCUGUCUCUCUCUCUGUCUCUCAUGCUCUCUCUCUCUCUGUCUCUCUCUCUCUUUGUCUCGUGCUCUCGUGCGCUCUCUCUCUCGCUCUCUCUCGCUCUCUCUCGCUCUCUCUCUCUCUCUCUCUCUCUCUCGCUCUCUCCCUCUCUCUCGCUCUCUCUCUCCCUCUCUCUCUCUCUCUCUCGUUCUCUCUCUCUCUCUGUCUCUGUCUCUCUCUCGCUCUCUGUCUCUGUCUGUCUCUCUGUCUCUCUGUCUCUCUGUCUCUCUGUCUCUCUGUCUCUCCUCUGCCUCCCCCUCCCUCUCUAUAGGUAUGUGCUGUGCCAGCCUGGAGAAACCCAAGGCCCUGAUGAAGAUGGGUCUGAAUGUGGUGCUUGUAGGACACGUCAACAUCCUGCUGGGGGCGCUAGUCCACGGGGCUGUGCUGCGACACAUCAACCUGAACACACAGGCCCGCACCAUGGCGUACUCCAUAUCUAAUGUAGUGGCACUCACUACUGGACUAGUGGUGAGACAGAUAUCUAAUGUAGUACUACUGGACUAGUGGUGAGACUGAGAUAUCUAAUGUAAUACCACUGGACUAGUGGAGAGACUGAGAUAACUACUCUAUCACAAGAACCUUAAAUUGGGUGAUUUCUGUGUGUGUUGUCUCAUCCAGCUGUAAUGUGUCCCUGUAGGGUGUUGUUGUAGGAAUCCUAGCCAUCAUCCUGUCUAAUAACAAGAAGAGCAGAGUGAUGGUGAGUUACUGAUGUUUCCUUAUGUGUCUGUCUAUUCCCUGUAAGGCGAUUCACCAGGUGAAAAUAGCAUGAUAUGAUAUUAUUUCCCCAGGAUUUUCUCUGAACUGUUCUGUAUUGGUAGACUAUUGAUCCAGUAUUAUCUCUGAACUGUUCUGUAUUGGUAGACUAUUGAUCCAGUAUUAUCUCUGAACUGUUCUGUAUUGGUAGACUAUUGAUUCAGUAUUAUCUCUGAACUGUUCUGUAUUGGUAGACUAUUGAUCCAGUAUUAUCUCCUCUGUAUGUCUGAUGUUUCUCUCUCUCUCUCUCUCUCUCUCUCUCUCUCUCUCUCUCUCUCUCUCUCUCUCUCUCUCUCUCAGACAUGGUCGUUGUUUGUGGUCAGCCUGUUUGGUAGUCUCCUGGCCACGGCCUCUGUGAUUUGCCUCACCGUUUCUGUGGUGAGGGCCAUAGUUAACGGUGGGCGGAGCCUCCUGACUCACUGCCGGUUCCCCAACGCUAUUGGCUACGCAAGCAUCACCAACGACUGCCCCUUCGACCCCACACACGUUUACGUAAGUCACAUAAGGAGUUAGCUUGUCAUGUGGAGGGGUGGUCUGGACUUUUCAAUUGAUUGAUUUGACCAGAAAGCGUUUUUAAACAGGAGACCUGGAAAGAAGUCAGCAGGAAGUAGUCAUUGUUACCAUACAGAGUAACAAUGACUACACAGACAGAGACAAAACAUUACAAACUAAUCCAGCGGUCAACAACGUUUUCCUCCAUGUGUGUGUCUUAGUGAGAUGGAUGCAGUAGGAUGUCACCAGAAGUGUAUCUUAGUGAGAUGGAUGCAGUAGGAUGUUACCAGAAGUGUAUCUUAGUGUGAUGGAUGCAGUAGGAUGUUACCAGAAGUGUGUCUUAGUGUGAUGGAUGCAGUAGCAUGUCACCAGAAGUGUAUCUUAGUGAGAUGGAUGCAGUAGGAUGUUACCAGAAGUGUAUCUUAGUGAGAUGGAUGCAGUAGGAUGUUACCAGAAGUGUAUCUUAGUGUGAUGGAUGCUGUGGGAUGUCACCAGAAGUGUAUCUUAGUGUGAUGGAUGCAGUAGGAUGUCACCAGAAGUGUAUCUUAGUGAGAUGGAUGCAGUAGGAUGUUACCAGAAGUGUAUCUUAGUGUGAUGGAUGCAGUAGGAUGUUACCAGAAGUGUGUCUUAGUGUGAUGGAUGCAGUAGCAUGUCACCAGAAGUGUAUCUUAGUGAGAUGGAUGCAGUAGGAUGUUACCAGAAGUGUAUCUUAGUGAGAUGGAUGCAGUAGGAUGUUACCAGAAGUGUGUCUUAGUGUGAUGGAUGCAGUAGGAUGUUACCAGAAGUGUAUCUUAGUGUGAUGGAUGCUGUGGGAUGUCACCAGAAGUGUAUCUUAGUGUGAUGGAUGCAGUAGGAUGUCACCAGAAGUGUAUCUUAGUGAGAUGGAUGCAGUAGGAUGUUACCAGAAGUGUAUCUUAGUGUGAUGGAUGCAGUAGGAUGUUACCAGAAGUGUGUCUUAGUGUGAUGGAUGCAGUAGGAUGUCACCAGAAGUGUGUCUUAGUGAGAUGGAUGCAGUAGGAUGUCACCAGAAGUGUGUCUUAGUGAGAUGGAUGCAGUAGGAUGUUACCAAAAGUGUAUCUUAGUGAGAUGGAUGCAGUAGGAUGUUACCAGAAGUGUGUCUUAGUGUGAUGGAUGCAGUAGGAUGUCACCAGAAGUGUGUCUUAGUGAGAUGGAUGCAGUAGGAUGUUACCAGAAGUGUGUCUUAGUGUGAUGGAUGCAGUAGGAUGUCACCAGAAGUGUGUCUUAGUGUGAUGGAUGCAGUAGGAUGUCACCAGAAGUGUGUCUUAGUGAGAUGGAUGCAGUAGGAUGUUACCAGAAGUGUAUCUUAGUGAGAUGGAUGCAGUAGGACGUUACCAGAAGUGUGUCUUAGUGUGAUGGAUGCAGUAGGAUGUCACCAGAAGUGUGUCUUAGUGAGAUGGAUGCAGUAGGAUGUCACCAGAAGUGUGUCUUAGUGAGAUGGAUGCAGUAGGAUGUCACCAGAAGUGUAUCUUAGUGAGAUGGAUGCAGUAGGAUGUUACCAGAAGUGUGUCUUAGUGUGAUGGAUGCAGUAGGAUGUCACCAGAAGUGUGUCUUAGUGAGAUGGAUGCAGUAGGAUGUCACCAGAAGUGUGUCUUAGUGAGAUGGAUGCAGUAGGAUGUCACCAGAAGUUUGUCUUAGUGAGAUGGAUGCAGUAGAAUGUUACCAGAAGUGUGUCUUAGUGAGAUGGAUGCAGUAGGAUGUUACCAGAAGUGUAUCUUAGUGAGAUGGAUGCAGUAGGAUGUUACCAGAAGUGUAUCUUAGUGAGAUGGAUGCAGUAGGAUGUUACCAGAAGUGUAUCUUAGUGAGAUGGAUGCAGUAGGAUGUUACCAGAAGUGUAUCUUAGUGAGAUGGAUGCAGUAGGAUGUCACCAGAAGUGUAUCUUAGUGAGAUGGAUGCAGUAGGAUGUUACCAGAAGUGUAUCUUAGUGAGAUGGAUGCAGUAGGAUGUCACCAGAAGUGUAUCUUAGUGAGAUGGAUGCAGUAGGAUGUUACCAGAAGUGUGUCUUAGUGAGAUGGAUGCAGUAGGAUGUUACCAGAAGUGUAUCUUAGUGAGAUGGAUGCAGUAGGAUGUUACCAGAAGUGUAUCUUAGUGAGAUGGAUGCAGUAGGAUGUUACCAGAAGUGUAUCUUAGUGAGAUGGAUGCAGUAGGAUAUUACCAGAAGUGUAUCUUAGUGAGAUGGAUGCAGUAGGAUGUUACCAGAAGUGUAUCUUAGUGAGAUGGAUGCAGUAGAACAGGGUUUUUCAAUUCCGGUCCUGGAGGGCCAAAACACUUCUGUUUUUUAUUUCUACCUGGUAGUUAAUUGCACUCACCUGGUGUCCCAGGUCUGAAUUAGCCCCUGAUUAGAAGGAGAGGAUGAAAAACAGAGGUGUUUCGGCCCUUUCAGGACCGGAAUUGAAGAACCCUGCAGUAGAAUGUCACCAGAAGUAUAUCUUAGUGAGAUGGAUGCAGUAGGAUGUCACCAGAAGUGUAUCUUAGUGAGAUGGAUGCAGUAGAAUGUCACCAGAAGUGUAUCUUAGUGUGAUGGAUGCUGUAGGAUGUCACCAGAAGUGUAUCUUAGUGUGAUGGAUGCUGUAGGAUGUUACCAGAAGUGUGUCUUAGCGAGAUGGAUGCAGUAGGAUGUCACCAGAAGUGUAUCUUAGUGAGAUGGAUGCAGUAGAAUGUCACCAGAAGUGUAUCUUAGUGUGAUGGAUGCUGUAGGAUGUCACCAGAAGUGUAUCUUAGUGAGAUGGAUGCAGUGGGAAGUUACCAGAAGUGUGUGUGUCUGUCUGCAUGUUGAUCCAUAACGGGGAUACACUGAGACGGUUCUAUCAUGUACUGUAUGUGCUCAUGUCAGAUGUUGCUGCCUGAUGUGAAUACUAUAUAGAUGACUGGAGUGGCACUGUCUCUCCUACGUCUGACCUCCCAGAGACCAAGACACACACACACACACUCUCCGAGAGCCACCAAACCACGACCUGAUCUCACUGACAGGUCUGCUGAAGCGAUCCUGGAGACUCCCUCAGGGCUCUGUGCGUGUGUUUCUGUGUGUGUGUUUCUGUGUAUGUGUUUCUGUGUGUGUGUGUGUGUGUGUGUGUGUGUGCGUGUGGAUGUGCCAUAAAUGUGGAUGUGCCAUACAAUUAAUUUGUCAGUCUUAUUUCCCAUAAAUGUCCCACCACAAAUAACUAAUUUCUGACACUCGGUAAGGGCGAGUUUGAAUGACAAAAUGACUCUUAUAAAAACAAUAGAACACUAUGAAACAUCUGGGAACCCAGGCCUGCUAUUCAUAGCAGACUUUGAAAAGGCAUUUGAUAAAGUACGACUGGAGUUUAUAUAUAAAUGCCUGGAGCGUUUCAAUUUUGGAGAAUCUCUUAUAAAAUUGGUUAAAAUCAUGUAUAGUAACCCUAGGUGUAAAAUAGUAAAUAAUGGCAAUUUUCUGAAAGUUUUAAACUGUCAAGAGGAGUGUCACGAUCGUUAUUAGAUGAGACGGACCAAGGCGCAGCGUGAUAAGCGUACAUCUUUAAUUAGUACUUAACACACGAACAAAACCAAAACAACAAACCAACGAUACGUGAAGUCCUGAGGUUACACACACCAAACCUUUACGGAUCAAGAUCCCACAAACUAACUGGUGCCAACAGGCUGCCUAAGUAUGGUCCCCAAUCAGAGACAACGAGCUACAGCUGUCUCUGAUUGGGAACCACCCUGGCCAACAUAGAUCAACACGAUCUAGAACAAAAACAUAGAAAACUAAACAAUGAAAAUCCACACCCUGGCUCAACAUUUAAGAGUCCCCAGAGCCAGGGCGUGACAGUACCCCCCCCCUGUUUCCCAGACACGCUUAAUCUGUGUCUGGGAAACAGCCCCAUGAUGUUAAUCUGUGUCUGGGAAACGGCCCCAUGAUGUUAAUCUGUGUCUGGGAAACGGCCCCAUGAUGUUAAUCUGUGUCUGGGAAACGGCCCCAUGAUGUUAAUCUGUGUCUGGGAAACGGCCCCAUGAUGUUAAUCUGUGUCUGGGAAACGGCCCCAUGAUGUUAAUCUGUGUCUGGGAAACCGCCCCAUGAUGUUAAUCUGUGUCUGGGAAACGGCCCCAUGAUGUUAAUCUGUGUCUGGGAAACGGCCCCAUGAUGUUAAUCUGUGUCUGGGAAACGGCCCCAUGAUGUUAAUCUGUGUCUGGGAAACGGCCCCAUGAUGUUAAUCUGUGUCUGGGAAACUGCCCCAUGAUGUUAAUCUGUGUCUGGGAAACGGCCCCAUGAUGUUAAUCUGUGUCUGGGAAACCGCCCCAUGAUGUUAAUCUGGGUCUGGGAAACCGCCCCAUGAUGUUAAUCUGCGUCUGGGAAACUGCCCCAUGAUGUUAAUCUGUGUCUGGGAAACGGCCCCAUGAUGUUAAUCUGCGUCUGGGAAACGGCCCCAUGAUGUUAAUCUGUGUCUGGGAAACGGCCCCAUGAUGUUAAUCUGGGUCUGGGAAACGGCCCCAUGAUGUUAAUCUGGGUCUGGGAAACGGCCCCAUGAUGUUAAUCUGGGUCUGGGAAACGGCCCCAUGAUGUUAAUCUGGGUCUGGGAAACGGCCCCAUGAUGUUAAUCUGUGUCUGGGAAACGGCCCCAUGAUGUUAAUCUGUGUCUGGGAAACGGCCCCAUGAUGUUAAUCUGUGUCUGGGAAACCGCCCCAUGAUGUCAGGGGAAAUGGCAUUUAUAACUCUCUCUCUGUAGCACACACAUUCCGUGCCCACUUUCCUCCCAUACAUAUUACUAUUUUAAAUUUGUGAUUGGCUCUGUACAUGACUUUUAAAGUCAAUCUGGUGUUUGCUGUAGACACACACACACACACACACACACACACACACACACACAGAGAGAGACACAGACACACUGACCCGUCUCUCUCCUCACUCCAGAGCACGACCCUGAUCCUGUGGGUUCCUCUGAUCGUGACCUGUAUAGUCCAGCUGGUUUUCUCAGCGCGGUGUUUCUCUGCGUGUAUGUCUUUCCUGGGUCUACCCUGCUUCCCUCACAAGAUCAGGCCCAGGGACCAUGGUAGAACGGUGAGGUUUGGCACUUCUCAGACACCAUCCUGGCUCUUUGAGAACUAUGCCCCAAAACACAAAUUACUGCUCAAAUCGCUCAUAAAAAUCUAUGCAUAUAUUUAUUUCAGUCUCCUACCCAGGGUGCUUUGUUUUUUAAACUGUCUGCGUCUUUUUGUGUGUUUUAGAUACACUCAGUAGCACCCGCAGAGCCGCCCUCUCUCCCACACUCCUUACCCCGUCAUCUCCUUCAUCUGCACGUUCUUCACUCGGACCCGUCUCAUCUCAAGUCCCAGCGGCAGCCUCUUACCCCUCUUCCUCCUCCACAUCUUCAUCACUCAGACCCGUCUCAUCUCAAGUCCCAGCGGCAGCCUCUUCCUCCUCUUCCUCCUCCUCAUCUUCAUCACUCGGACCCGUCUCAUCUCAAAUCCCAGCAGCAGCCUCUUCCUCCUCUUCCUCCUCCUCAUCUUCAUCACUCGGACCCGUCUCAUCUCAAGUCCCAGCAGCAGCCUCUUCGUCCUCAGCAUCAGAACCAGAGAGGAAGGUCAGAUGGGCGGUCUGACAGGGGGCAUCUGAUAGCCCCAGAGGAACAUGAGCUGCUGGAACAAGGCUCCCAGCAGAGAUCUGAGAUCAGAGAUCUGAGAUCAGAGAUCAGCUUCUGGAUCUAA